GACGCGUCCUCUACCAUCCCUACAACCACCACCUCGAUCCCAAUAAUAAUCAUGUCCAAGACCUCCGACUUUGCUCCUCCCGAAGAAGAAAUCAACUGGGACGAAGACCCUACCCCCGCUCCUUCUGCCGCAAUUGUGACCGACCCAUCGGUGACGACAGGCGAUGAUCUGAGCGCGGAGGCGGCUUCUGGGACGACGGAUGCGCAGCCUGCACCUGAGCCGAGUUUGGAGAAGGUUGAGGCGGAGGGCGCGAAGCCAGAUUUGAGUGAGGAUAAAGCUGUACCCGCAGCAGCCCCGAAACCCAAAACCGUCACCAAGGAAUCCGGGUUCACCUUCAAGCGCCUCGGUGCCUCUUUCGACACCGGUGCCCCCUCCACCAAGCCCUCCACCAUCGCGACCACCACUGCUGCAACCGCUGCCGCUGCGCCUGCCACGACCGAGAAGGACGACGCGGAAGCGAAGCGUUUAGCUGCUGAGGAAGAGAAGCGCAAGAGACGUGAGGCGAGGUUCGGUGUGGUCGAGAAGCCUGCGCCGAAGGCACCGAAGGAGAAGCCUGCCCCUGCUCCCGCCGCUGCUGUCCCCAAACCCGCACCGACCAAGGCCGCACCCGCCGCAGCCGCAGCCAAGAAAAACGUGAAGCAAGCCCCGGCGGCGGAAAAGAGGAAAGCCGAGCUCGACCCAGCGGAGUUGGACAAAGCGAGGAAGCGCGCGGAGAGGUUCGGGGUUAAGAAGACUGAGGAGAAGGUCGCGACGUCGGGGGAGGAAGAGAAGAAGGUUGAGGAGGUUGCGGAGAAGGUUGAGGGACAGUAAAACGAAGGA